AUGACUCCUGGACAAAAGCCAUAUCAUUUCGCCUUGCUUGCCAACCACUGGCUGAACAAAGAGACAUGGCUCGUAAUUGAUCCCGUAUCCAGGGUUUCUAACGAUGCACGCCGCAAGUGGGGAGAUCCCCGAUUCAACGUUCCUUAUCCAUCGCCUGAUUGGAGUCCUAGACCAAAGUAUCCAGUUGCCAGACGCAAACGAGCGCAGAGACCUCGCAUCGACUCCUGGCGGGCCGCAGUGAACAAGCAGAGAAAGAUAUCUGGGGUGCGAGAUGCGAUCCGCACCGUUACACUGUAUGAUGAGUCGGCUGAGGAACCACCUGAUGGUCACAUUGACCCUGGCUGCUGGGCUUUGCCAAAACCACCUCAAGGAUUUGAGAUGUCCACUGCACAGAAGAACGCCUGGUACGAAGGAGGUGCGGGCUGGCAAGAAACGCUUGAGGAUUGGCAGCAUGUCCAUCGAGGGUACCGUGUUCAAAAAGCCCUCCACGAAGGCCGGGUCAAUCGGGGCAAGCUGAAGGAAGUGGCGUCUCGAGUCAACAGAUGCUGUCGUACUGCUUCGGGGAAGUUGAUCCCAAACCAUGAUGCCAAAAAAAGAAAAGUCUCGAACCCCCUUGUCUCAUGA